CUACACUCCUGUAGGUAUAAAAGAUAAAGUUCCUAUGUACCAUCACUUCAGUGCAGCACAAUAUACCUAACAUGAUGAACCAUCGCCAACUUCUGAUUUUGACCAUCUUCACCAUUCAUUACAUCAAUUGUUCUCCGUAUAGUUUGGAUACAGUGAUGAAAAGAAAUAGGCCUCUAUGCGGUUCCCGUCUGAAGAAUGCUCUGAGUCUAGUAUGCAAUCAAAUGUUCGCUCCAGGGAAAACUAAAAAAGCUGAUGAUUCAUUUUCAGAUGAUACUUUCAACUUCGAAGAAUACGAAGAACUAGACGAAAUGUAUCCUGAUGACAAAGAAUACGAAUUUCCAUUCCUCAGGAAAGACAAUAUGAUUGCGUUGCCAAGGAAACGCAAACCUGCACUGAGGGAAAGGUUUUGUUAUGAUAAAUAA